AUGGGCUUAAACAUUAUAAAUACUGUUAUAUUGGUUGCAAUUCUUGAUUUGUUAGAAUAUUUUAAUAACUUAGCAUAUUGUGUACACUGUAAUAGAAUUAAGGCGGGGAAUUGGCUGAGCAUUAAGUGUGUCAGGGAAAGAAAACAUCAAACCUAUGAUCCCCCAACAGCCCCAAGCAUUGAAGCCAAUGCCCUUCACAAUGAUCAAAUUGAAACUGAAGAUGAUGCUACACAUUCCAAAUGGCACGAUUCACCCAUGGAGCUCCUUGUGCACAUUCUUGUGCUUGCAGAUGACCGCUCUAUCAUUGUUGCCUUGGGUGUAUGCACUGGCUUGAGAGAUGCAAUCUGUGUUGGUGUUCAAGAUCUUUCACUUUCAUGGUGUAAGCGGAACAUGAGCAACUUGGUUCUGUCAGCUGUUCCUAGGUUCAACUGUUUGCAAUCUCUUAAUUUACGCCAGAAUCAACACCAACUCAAUGAACAAGCAGUAGAAAUAGUUGCAAAGCAUUGCCAUGAUUUACGUGCUAUAGAUCUUCCAAACAACACACAACUGACAGAUAAAUCUCUAGAGGCAUUGGCACGUGGUUUUAGUCUACUAGAAAAGCUUAACAUAAGUGGAUGUUCUGGAGUCAGUGAUCAUGCACUUAUCUUUCUAUCAGAGAAGUACAACAAAUUGAGGCAUCUAAAUUUGUGUGGCUGCGUUAGAGCUGCAUCUGACAGAGCUUUACUGGCACUGGCUCAUAAUUGCUGCCACUUGCAAUCUUUGAAUCUAGGUUGGUGUGAGAUGGUUACUGAUGUUGGUGUUACAGGAUUGGCAUAAUGUUGCCCUGAGUUAAGAGCUCUCGACCUGUGUGGUUGUGUGUUAA